AUGGGUUUUAGUAUUCAGAAAGAAAAGCCAAGGUAUUAUAGUGGAUCAAAGAACAUUAGGCAAUGUGAAUUUUUAUGUUGUAAAGAGGGUUUUAAAGUAGAUGAAGACCCUUUUGAAGAGAAAAAAUUAAAUAGGCUGGAGAUUAUAACUAGUUGCAAAGUAUUUUUUCGUUUAACUGUUGAAGAUGAAAUUUGGAGGGUAACUACCUUCAAUCCUAAACAUAAUCAUGAACUUGCAUUACAAUCAGAGCGACAUUUGCUAAGAUCUUCUCGUCACAUUUCAAAACCGAAGGCAGGCGUGAUUGAUUCUAUGGUAAAUGCAAGUGUAAGCGCAAAGAAUGCUUAUUCAUAUCUAAGAGAAGAAGUUGAAGGCAAUGAAAAUGUGGGUUUUACCAAAAGGGAUUGUUAUAAUUAUGUGAACAAGCAAAAGAUGACGAUGAUUAGUGCUAGAGAUGCUCAAAGCUUAUUGAAUCAUUUUAAGCAAAAACAUACAGAAGAUCCCAUGUUCUUUUUCACAAUUCAAGUAGAUCAAGAAAAUCGCAUGACAAAUUUUUUCUGGAGAGAUGGGAGAUCAAGGGUUGAUUAUGAUUGCUUUGGAGAUGUGGUUGUUUUUUAUACCACCUAUCCCACCAAUAAGUAUAAUUUGAUUUGUGCUCCAUUUGUUGGUGUUAACCACCAUUGGCAAAAUGUGAUAUUUGGUUGUGCUUUCCUUUUAGAUGAAACCACUGAUUCAUUUAUAUGGUUGUUUAAAUCAUUUUUAGAAUCAAUGGGGAAUCGGUCUCCGGUUACAAUUUUUACUGACCAAGAUCAAUGUAACGCCCUCGAAAUAUGA